AUGCAAGUGGCUGCCUUACUGGCCUUUGCCUGCUGGCUACUGCCCUACAGCUACUACCCCAGCGUUCGCAGCUUGCAGGCGACCGAGAGCUUCACCGCGCGGCUGCUGGCGCCCGGCUUGGCAUUUGCCGCUGGAACCUCCACACUGCUUUUGCCUGGGCGCCAGCGCUUCAAUCCGAGCACAUGGACCUGUGGCGCCAUCUACUUCGCAGUUUGUUUCACUGCCAUCUUGGUGGGGCUCGAGCUGGACGGGCGCGUCGGCCAGUGGUCACUGACGCCUGGCCCAGUGGCCUGGAGAUAG